AUGAAGUUUGCCUCUGCAUCUCUCUUUUUGGCCACGGCACUCAGCUUCUCUGAAGCCGCUCCCGCAACUCACCACAAGAAGCCUCCUUAUUUCAUCCUCACUGGCGACUCCACCGUUGCCAUCAAUGGAGGCUGGGGUAAUGGCUUCUUGUCGGUUCUCAAGAGCGGUGCCGAUGGGAUCAACAGGGGCAAGAGUGGAGCCACUACGGUUUCCUUCCGAAAGCAAGGGCGGUGGAACUCUACCCUUGAAGAUGUUGAAACGUAUAAAGAUGAUUACCGCCCGAUUGUUACUAUCCAGUUCGGGCAUAAUGAUCAAAAGGCUAGCGCCAACAUCUCGUUGGACGAGUUCAGGACCAACCUUGAGGUCAUGGCGAAUGAAGUCAGGGAGGCUGGCGGAACCUCGAUCCUCAUCACGUCGCUGACACGUCGCGCUUUCAGCGGCGGUGAAGUCAAACAGAAUCUCAAAAACGAGCGCAACCAGACCAUUCUAGCCGCCGAGGCCGUCAGAGCCAAGUACCUGGACCUGAAUCUCGCAAGUACCAACUACAUCAACGCGAUUGGCCAGGAGAAUGCGUACUACUACAACUUGGGUGGGAGUGACAGGACUCAUCUCAACCCCGCGGGGGAGACGGUCUUUGGACGCAUGGUGGCAGAUCUGUUGCUCCGCAAGCGUCGGGACCUGAAGAAGUAUGUGACGCCGAACUUGGCGCUGAGCGAGAAGAUCUGGGCUGGCGAGUUCGCUACUGGGGACGAGUGA